GCUGUCUGGUGCGUUCGACUCUGCUGCCACCGUUCACAAGUUGUUGCAGUCAAGUAAGUAUGUUUCUUAUCUGGAAUUAUAGUUGUGAGUGACAGUUUUCUUUAAGAUGAGUGCUGCUGCAGCUACUGCAACACGUGCCGUUGCACAAACAACUCGCGGACGCAUAAAACUCAUCAAAAAGCCUCUUAGAAGAGACCGCUAUGGACUUCCUAUUCCCCAUGUCGACAUCAUAGUCCGAGACACACAUCUAUCUCGACUUCAAGAUCACUACCAUAAUACCCUGCGAGAUGAUCUGAUGUAUAUGACUUACAAACACGAGCCCGCUUCUCGAAAACCCCAAAAGCAGGCGAAACUCAGAUUUGACCCAGAGGAUCCGUACACGAAGCAUCGUUUCAACCCUCCAAAGGGUGGAAACACUUGGUUCAAACAACUCCCUCCGCCAACAACCUCUGAAAAUGUUGUUCAACUCGAACGGAUACAGCUCCAUACGAUGCUGGAAAGCGCUGUCGCAAGUCGGGCCAACUUGUUAACAGCGAUCAUGGCGUUCCGUACACUGUCUGGAGAGUCAAGAGAGGCUGGAGGUCGGCAUACGGCUGAAGGCGUGCAGAUUGUCACUGCAAGGACAUUGGGCGGGAAAGGAUGGGCUCGUCGUGGCCAGCCAAUCGGUGUGAAGGUCGAUUUGAAAGGUCCUAAAAUGUACGAUUUCCUCGGGACCCUUGUCGACUUUGUUCUGCCAAAGCUUCGAGACUAUAAUGGCCUCCCCAUGGAGGGACCAAGUCGGCCACUUGAUUCGCCGAGCGCUGCGACCGGUGUGGUGUCCUUCGGUCUGCCACCCUAUGCCUUGCAGUUCUUCCCUCAAAUCGAGGUCAACCCCGAUAUGUACCCGGAGCAUUUCGGCAUGCACAUUCACUUCAUUACCAACGCAACGGGAGUCGGUGCUCAGAAUAAGGCGAGGGCAUUAAUCUCGGGCUUCCAAGUUCCCUUCUCUCGGGCAUAAUACAUAGACUACUCUAUAUCGUGUAAUAUUAUGCUUUCCGGAAUGCCUCCUUCCCUUCCGCAUGAGGCGUUAUCACU